GGAGGGCCUGCUGUUUGUUCAGCCACAGAAGCAGAGCGAGCAGAAGAAAGAUGGCGGCUCUAGGCGAACCCAAACGGGACGCCGGGCUAACAUUUUGAGCUUUCACACCCGCACAGACUCGGGGGGUUUCGCGGAGUUCCUGUACCGUCUGAACCCCCGUUGCUCCCGCUUCGUUGCGGUACCGGUCUCACUCGCAUAGGUGUAGGUGAAAGAAACGCAAAAAUAGAGAUUGUAAUAUAACAGCUUUCGUUUAUCAUGAGAGGGAAAAGAGGCAGGCCGCCUAAAUCCCUACCAACGGAGGAGUCGUCCCCAGCUCCGGCCCGGGGCUUACGACCUCGGAGGAAUCUAAAGCCCAGGCUGCGGGACAGCGGGGACGAGGAAAGCCCCACGAGAGAGACCACCAAGCCGGCCAAAAAGAAGAGAGGGGGACCGGGCACGGUAACGCGAGGCAGGGGACGAGGUAGAGGCGGCGGUGGAAGAGGAGGCAGAGGGGGUCGUGGAGGAAAACGGACUGCUACGCCCGUAACAGUGGUGUACGACGACCACGAGAGUGACGAGGACGACGAUGCUGUCAGUCUGAGAUCGGAGGAGGAAGAGUUUAUUGAGGAGGAACAUCAGUCUGAGGAAGAUGAGGCCCUUAAAGAGGAGUCUGAUUGCCUUGAAGAUGAUGUGCUGGACGACGACGUGCAAGAGGAGGAGGAGGAGGUGGAGGAUGAUGCCAGUUACUGUACAGAGAGUAGCUUUCGGAGCCAGAGCACACACGCCAGCACUCCGGGGAAGAAGAAAUUUCGGGCUCCCCGGCCUCGCACUCCCAUUCUGGAGGAGAAGGAGAUUCCUCCCCUCAAGCUUCCUGACACCUCAGAGGAUCUCAUGGUGCCUAACGAUGAACUGCUCAAUGCUACCUCCGUCUAUGAGGUGCUACGAAACUUUAGCACAGUGCUGCGUCUCUCCCCCUUCCGCUUUGAGGACUUCUGCGCAGCACUUGUGGGCCAAGAGCAGUGCACUUUAAUAGCAGAGACCCAUAUUUCCCUUUUGAAGGCUAUCUUACGUGAGGAGGACUCGUCUAACACUACCUUCGGCCCUGCUGACCUCAAGGACAGUGUCCAUUCCACUCUGUACUUUAUUGACGGCAUGACAUGGCCUGAGGUUUUGCGGGCAUACUGCGAGAGCGACCAAGAGUACCAUCAUGUUCUUCCUUGCCUGGAGGUGGAUGAGUAUCCUUAUGGUCCUCUUGAAAGUAAAAUUAAGGUGCUGCAGUUCUUGGUGGACCAGUUUCUCACCACCAACCUCGCCCGCGAGGAGCUCAUGUCUGACGGUAGCGUGCUGUAUGACGAUCACUGCCGCGUGUGUCACCGCCUGGGUGACCUGCUGUGCUGUGAGACCUGCACAGCGGUCUAUCACCUUGAGUGUGUGAAACCUCCACUGGAGUCGGUUCCAGAGGACGAGUGGCAGUGUGAGAUUUGUGUGGCCCACAAGGUGCCUGGUGUCACGGACUGUGUAACAGAGGCACAGAAGAACAGGCCCUACAUCCGCCAGGAGCCCAUUGGAUAUGACCGGCACCAGAGGGAAUACUGGUUCCUUAACAGAAGGAUUAUCGUUGAGGAGGAUGGGGAGAAGAAGAAGAAAAAGAUCUGGUACUACAGCACCAGGGUGCAGCUGGAGGAGCUCAUGGAGUGCCUGGACAAAGAUUACUGGGAGAUGGACCUGUAUGCCACUCUGGAGGAGAUGAAGGAGGAAGUCCAAGCGCACAUGGACAUCACAGAGGAUCUCACCAACAAAGCCCGUGGAAACAACAAAGCCUACCUCACUGCUGUCAACGAUGUGAUCAUUGAGCAUUUGAAGGGCAAGCAGGAGGCACAGGACACAAAAAAGCAAGCAGAGGAGGCAAAGAAGGACCCAGAAAGUGGCUUUCCCUCACCAGUGAAAAUGACUGAAGAUGCUGCAGAGUUCAGCUCACCGCUCGACAGCAGCAGGCAAAAAGACUCCGAGUCUGAUCCCCAAGCAGCGUCCGUUUCCCCCACUGUUGAGGAGCGCAGUGUGUCAGAUCCUAACCCUGGCUCAGCCUCUGAGGACUCUGCUGUGCCUAAAACAGAAUCCUCUGGGUCAAAGGAGAAAACUGAGCCUGCUCACUUACGGAGUGAGAGCGGGGAUGCCCCUCCAGUGGCAAAUACAGAUGGGGAUGUGAAAGUAGAGUCCAGCAGUGAGGUUGUGAACCCUGACGACUCGACACAAACCCAAGAUCAGCCCCUGCAGCAGUCGUCUCAGCCCGAGGCAAGUAGUGGCACCAGCCAGGAUUCUACUUCUGAGAGCAUCAGGAAAACAGACUCAGCGGAUCUGGCCGAUCACUCCUCACAGUCCUCCUUUACCAGCCAGGAUGGGACAGAUGAGUAUAAAGAAAGGAUGAAGAGUGAUGUCACAGGAGCAACAGGACAGGAAUUGAAUAACCAAACACCCAGAGGCAACAAGGAGUCAUCACCCGACCUUUCUGAUGGCAACUCUCCGCACGUCAGCCUCUUGAAAAGGGAACUGACGGUGAAUCUGAACAGCCUGUUCAAACUGGGUCAGGAGGGUAAAUACAGAGUCUACCACAAUCAGUACAGCACCAACGUCCUGGCCCUGAACAAACAUCAGCACCGCGAGGACCACGACAAGAGGCGACACCUGUCCCACAAGUUCAGCCUAACCACAGCGUCCGAGUUCAAAUGGAAUGGCUCCAUCUACGGUUCGCGGAGCCUGACCGUCUCCACCCUGCGUCUCAACAUCAUCCAGCUGGAAACUAAUGUGCCUGGACCAUUUAUGCAUCCUAACUGGGCAUCACACAGGAACAACUGGAACAAAGCAGUACAGAUGUGCAGCAAGGCCAGAGAGUUUGCUUUGGCCCUGGCCAUACUGGAGUGUGCCAUCAAACCAGUUGUCAUGCUGUCUGUAUGGAAAGAUUCUCUGGGACACACAAGGCUACAUCGCAUGACCUCCAUGGAGCGGGAGGAUAAGGAAAAGGUGAAAAAGCGAGAGAAAAAACUUGAAGAUGAAGAAACGUUGCAGCAGGCCACUUGGGUGAAAUACACCAUCCCCAUCAAACACCAGGUGUGGAAACAGAAGGGGGAGGAGUACAGAGUGACUGGAUACGGUGGCUGGAGCUGGGUCAGUAAGACGCAUGUACCACGUUUUGUUCCAAAGCUACCAGGGAACACAAACGUAAACUACCGCAAAGACCUGGAGGCAGCCAAAAUGAGAAAGAAAAAUGCAGCCGUUUGCACAAAUAAUCAGAAGAAGUUGACGGAAUCGGAGAAGCAAAGUUCAGCAGACGUGGAUAAGGAACAAACGUCUCCGAGUGCAGCAACUGAGAACACUUCAACAGAGGAGGACUGCAAACCUCAGCACUCCACGGAGGACGAAAAAGUCACAGAGAAGGAGGAAGUCAAGCAGCAGGAAGAGAAGAUGGAAGAGGUUGACCCUUGCCAACAAAGUGUUGCUUCAAGUGAUGAGAAAGUUGAACAUAAAGGCCUCUCCCUGCCUGCUGUGGAGUCAGUUAAAGAAGAACCAAUCCAGAAUGUUGAACAAGCCAAGAAGGAGGAGACGUCCGCAUCAAAGCCCUACUAUGACGUGGUCAAUGUCAGCGAGGGCUUUCAGCUGAGGACGGCGUACAAGAAGAAGGUGAAGCCUUCCAAACUGGAUGGGCUCUUAGAGCGCAGGGUAAAGCAGUUCACCUUGGAGGAGAAGCAGAGGUUAGAGCGGAUGAGACAGGCCACUCUGCAGAACAAAAUGGCUGCCACAAAGACUUUUGGAGUUAAAACUGAGGGAUCCACGUUAGUCAAACAGCAGCCUGCUGUAACUCCGUGUGUUAAAGCAGAAGAGAAGGAGGAAAGCUUACAGGUGAAGGAUCACGUAGUUAAAAAGCUCAACUUUGAGCAGGGGACAGGAGCUGAUGUCAAAUCAGAUUCUACUGCCACCAACCACAGCCAACAGGAGGAGUUAAAUGCUGUGCAGGGCAACAGUGAGGAGGCUGUGGUGCACAAGGAGGUGAAUGGAAAAAUCCUAACAAGCAUCCAGCCCAACAGCAAAAGCAAUUGUAUUUCAGAGGCAAUAGAACAUAAAGAGAAAACACAGAAGCCGGAGGUGGGUCGAGUGGCAGAGAAUGCUAAAAAACGUGGGUUUGAGGAAAUGGAGCAGGUCAGCAAGCAGAGUGACACAGAGAGCGUGGAGGUGGACCAAAAUAAAACGACUCCAGUGCAGGUGAAUGGACAAACUACGGUCACUGAUACUGAAAACUCCAACAUCAAGUCAGACCCAGACAGUCAAGUCCAAGGUGAGAUCAGAGAGCCUGUCAAGUCUCUGAUGAAUGGAGAUGAAUGUCACCCACCUCCCCUGAAAGUACCCAAGUUGGAGAACCAUGUAGCGGACAAAGGAGUUACUCCAAAUAAGAAUGAGGAUGUGGCCAUGAACAAUGAGGGGACAAUACCUGCAAAGCUUCCAUCCUCAAGCCCUACUUGUGUGAAUAGUAAUAGCACCAACAAUAGCGGCAGUAGCAGCGAAGGAAUCACUGCUAAUACAACCACAGCGGAGUCUCAGAAUGUCUCAACAACUGACAGCAGCAUCACGACGCCCGAUGUGACAUGUCAAGCAGUGAGCAGUGCAGUUUCCUCUGUUACCCCUUCCACCACAACCACCCAGCCCAGCGCCCCAGCACCUGCAGCAGUUGUCUCACAGAAGAGCAGGCCUCCUGUCACUGACGCCAAGAUGAGCCAGUCUGGUUCAGCCACAGCCAACUCCAUGACGAUUAGUAAGGAGUACUCCACCAAAGAGCGCGUCAGCCUUCUGAGGUUCUCCAAAUCAAGGAAGGCGCGCUCAGGCACCGCCCUGCCAUCCUACCGUAAAUUUGUCACCAAGAGCAGCAAGAAGAGUAUCUUUGUCCUGCCGAAUGACGACCUGAAGAGGCUGGCAAGGAGGGCAGGCUUUAGAGAGGUGCCCACCUUCAACUACAACGCCAAGCCGGCUCUGGAUAUAUGGCCCUACCCUUCACCUCGGCCUACUUUUGGGAUCACAUGGAGGUACCGUCUCCAGACAGUGAGGUCACUGGCAGGGGUCAGCCUGAUGCUGAGGCUGCUGUGGGGCUGCCUAAGAUGGGACGACAUGGCUGUUAAACCUUCCUCUGCUGUCGGGACGACUCGGAAAGAAACCAGCGACACUGACGUCACCACAACAGAGAUUAUAAAACGGCGAGAUGUGGGACCAUUCGGCAUCCGCUCAGAAUACUGCAUCAGGAAGAUCAUUUGUCCUCUUGGGAACAAAGACACUCCCAAAGAAACCCCGACUCCACAGAGGAAAGGCCUGCGCUCAAGUGCCUUGAGGCCCAAGAAGCAUGAGCCAGCCAAGCUGACUGGGCCCAUCGCUGUGGAGACAUGGGUAGCUGAAGAGGAGCUGGAAUUGUGGGAGAUCAGGGCCUUUUCAGAGCGGAUUGAGAGGGAGAAGACACAGGGUACGGAUUCCUCAAAGACGGGCAGUAAUUUGAAGACGGUAGAGGAAGUCAAGUCUCACUUGGAGAGUCAGUUGAAACAGGCCAGAAUGGCGGCCCAGCAGAAACGUCUGGAGCAGCAGAGACCGACUGUUUCCACCAUGGCACCGACCACCACCUCAGCCAGCUCUCCCAGCACCCUGACAACCACAGGCCAAAGGCCGGGUCAAGUCACACCCGGAACCAAGAUGGUCCUUGCCUCCAAACUGGGCUCUCCAGUCUCCUUCCAGCAAGACAAGAACUUCCACCAGUCAUUCGCUUCCUGGGUCAAGCAGGGUCAGCCCAGCACUACCAGCACCAACAGCAGCAGCAGCUCAGGUGGCCAACAGAAAAUCCUGAGCAUUUUCCCAUCUGGGCCUCCGGCAAACCUUAGGACCUACAGCACACUGCAUCCUACGACUGGCAACAUCAACCUCAGAGCAUCCACCUCGGCUUCAACUACUCCGCAACAACAGGUCAGUACAGCUGGAGCGCAAAUGCAGCCUUGCACUACGCCAAACCAGUCAUCCACACUUUCUACCUCUGUGGGGACAACAAUGGCCAGAAGUCCAGUUAUGGCUCAGCAAGGCCAACCUCAGCAGGCUGUGAGUCAGAUCGGCCACGGGCAGCCUGCAGCCACCGGGGUGCCUGGUUCUACGCCUGUGCCGACAGCAGCAGCUCAGAGAGCUGUGGCUCCAGCACCAUCACCCCUUGCAGCCACCACAGCUCCUGGACAGCCUCAGCCUCCUGCAGCUCCCAGCCAGACCAACAGACCACAGCAGGGUCAAGUCAAACUAACUCUGGCACAGCUCAUGCAGCUGACACAGAGCGCUCAGGGUGGAAACCCAGGUCUGACAGUGGUGAUUCAGGGUCAGGGUCAGACCCAGGGGCAACUGCAAAUCAUCCCACAGGGUGUCACAGUUAUUCCUGGCCCUGGCCAGCAGCUAAUGCAGGCAGCCAUGCCUAAUGGCCAGGUUCAGCGCUUCCUCUUCUCUCCCCUGCCUCCAACCUCAUUAGCUUCAACUUCAGCACCCAAUGCUGCAUCCCCUACUAAGCCUGCCCUACCUCAAACCCAAAUGUCAAUUCCAGCUCAAGCCAGAACCACUGCACAGGUCCAGACAACUCCCUCAGCUUUAGCCCAAACUCAAAUGUCAGCCCCUCUACCUGUCCCUACACAAAUGCCAAGUUUGGGCCCCAUCUCAGCCUCACUUCCCGGGCAAACCCAGAUUGCAGCUCCUGCUCCAGCACAGGCUGCAGCCCACACCUCAAUGCAAACACAGGUUUCAACUGCUACUCCACCAUCGAUCCCUACACAAUCUCAAAUAUCUGCUCCGAUACCUGCCCUAACUCAUGCUACGGUCCAGGACUCCACACAGGUGUUCACCUCCACACCAGCCACCAUCCCCACACAACACCAAAUGGCUGGAUCUGUGCCUGUCCCAGCUUUGACUCAGAAAUUCUUCACCUCCACCCCAGCACAAAGCAAAGCUGAAGUCUCCACCCUUACCACAGGUUCAUUCCCUGCACCAACCCAAACUGCAAUGUCACCACCUGUCCCAGGACAAGUCGCACCACAGCCCCAGCUCCAAGUGCAAGCCUUCCACCCUUCCUUUUGCUCAACCUCUCCGCCUGUCCAGAUGCAUGUCACUGCCCCUUCCCCUACUGUAGUCCCUGUCUCAGUCAAGGCAAGCCAAGUCGCUGCAAUAGCAUCUACUACUAACCCAGCCCAAAUGCAAGCUUCCCUCUCUCUUCCCUCUGCUGUCCCAGUACCAACCCCUGCCCUUGCUCCCGUCUCUGCUCCCGUCAUAGCUGUUGUGUCCACCCAAAUGGCCGUCCUGCCUCCAGCUAAAGCUCUGACCCAAAUUCAAGCCACGGCUCCAGUUCCCCUCCAUGCUGCUGUGGCCAGUGCUGUUGUCACACCGGUCACAGCCACCUCGACCACACCAUCAGUGCCAGCUCUGAUAGAACAGAAGGCAGCUCAGCCCCAGGUUUGGAUGCCAGUGUCAUCUCAAGCUCAGACUCCAGUCCAACCAGCUCAGCAAGCUGCAGCUCCUGUUCAGACACCUGCGCUGGCCCCAGUACCUGCCUCUGCCCCCGCAUCAGUGUCCACACACUCACCUGUUACCCCUCUGCCUCAAGCAUCUCUCACUCCUCAGUCCCAAGCACAAGUCCAGCAUCCUACUGUUGUGUCCAUGCAGCAGGUGACUCAAAUGCCAGUCACAGCAGUGCAGGUUCAUAUGAAGGCAUUACCAGUCUCCUCUGUUGUGACGACUGUGAGACCAGCCCAGCCUCAGCUCCAUCCCCAAACCAGUAUUCAACAACAACCGCAGCCCCAAGCCCAAGUUCAUGCACAGAUUCAGGUCCAGCCCUUUGGCCAAGUUCAGCAGAUACCACACUCUCAGACUCAAGCCCAUCUUCAGGCCAAAGCACAAGCCCAAAUUCACCCACAGGUCCAAGUUCAGUUUCAGCCGUGUGCACUCCAAACCCAAGGACAGCCCCUUACUCAAAUCCGACCUCAGGUGCAGUUUCAGUCCCAAAACCAAAUCUUGCCCCAGGUUCAACUCCCAACUCAGUCCCAACUCCAACCACAGGUUCAGCCCCAGUACCUCCCACAGGUACAAGCUUCAUUUCAAUCACAGACGCAAACCCAAGCCCAGACUCAGCUACAGCCCCAGGUCCAGUCACAGCCUCAGGUUCAAUCUCAGGCCCAAAACCAACUCCAUCACCAAGUUCAGGUCCAGUCCCACCAACAGAACCAAAUUCAACCUCAGGCCCUGCAGCAACCCCAGGUCCAAACACAAGUCCAAACCCAGCCCCAGUUUCAAGUCCAGUCACCACUGCAGACACAGGUACAGCAACAGCUCCAAGUGCAAUCUCAACCACAGCAGACGCAGGUGCAGCAACAGCUUCAAGUUCAAUCCCAACCCCAAGUCCAAGCUAAACUUCAAGUCCACUUCCAGCAGCAGAACCAGAAUCAAGUUCAAACACAGCCUCAGCUUCAGGUCCAGUCUCCAAUCAGACAUCAGCUGAUCACUGUUCCCGGCCUGCAACAGCCAGUCCAGCUACUUUCAGCCCUGCCACCUCAUGUUGCUGCCCAGAUCCAAGCCCAGAUCCAAGCUCAGGCACAGCAGCAGGGCGGCACAGUACCACAACAAAUCAAACUGCAGCUGCCAAUCCAGAUCCAGCAGACGGGGGGUCAGAUUCAGGCCCACCAAAUCCAGAAUAUGGUGACCAUACAGGCAACAGCAAGUGUCCAAGAGCAGCUUCAGAGGAUGCAGCAACAACAACAGCAGCAGCAGCAGCAGCAGCAACAACAGCAACAACAACAACAGCAGCAACAGCAGCAACAACAACAACAAAAACCGCAGCAACAACAACAGCCAAAGAAGAAGAAACAUCACGAGACUAAAAGGGAACAGAAGGAACAGAAUUUACAGGCUGUUAGUCCUGGGGAGGGCCUCCAAAAGCAGGUGUUAGUGAAGCAGAACACUACAGCGGAGCAGCUGAAGCAGAGGAAGAGCCUCGCUGCAGCUGAGCGGGAGGAGAAUCAGAGAAUGAUUGUGUGCAACCAGGUGAUGAAGUUCAUUCUUGACAAGAUUGAGAAGGACGAGAAGCAGGCAGCUAAGAAGAGAAAGAAGGAGGAGGUGGUGGAGCAGAAGCGCUCCAAGCAGAAUGCAACCAAGCUGACUGCGCUGCUUUACAAGCACAAAGAACAGCUGAAGGCUGAGAUCCUGAAGAAGAGGGCCCUGCUGGACAAGGAGCUGCAGCUCCAAGUACAGGAGGAGCUGAAGCGGGACAUUGUGAGACUGCAGAAGGAAAAGGAGAAGGCAAGAGUUGCUAUCACACAAGCUGCUGCAGCCACAGUCAAAGCGGCGGCGGCGGCCUCGGCCUCCCACUCGUCCCAUCCUACUCACUCCACACAUUCCUCUCACAGUACCACCCACACGGUGACCUCGCCGUCUCCCUCCUCCCAUAAACGCAAGAGAGACGAGGAGAGAGACAAGGACAGAGUGAGAGAACGGGACAGGCACCAUGACAAAGACAAGAAACGGGACCGGGACAAGGACAAAGACAAGGACAGAGACAGAUACAGAGAUAAAGACAGAGACCACAAUCAAGAGAAGGAGAGAAACCGAGAGAGAGACAAACAUCGGGACAGAGACCGAGACAAGGACAGAGAUCGAGACAGAGAGAAGGACACAGAUCCCAGCUCGUUAAAACACAAGAAGAAGAAGAAGCUCUCCUCUACCUCAAAGGAUCACAAGAAGGACAGCAAACUGUACUGUGUCUGCAAAACCCCCUAUGACGAGUCAAAGUUUUACAUAGGGUGCGACCUUUGCUCCAACUGGUUCCACGGCGCGUGUGUCGGCAUCACGGAGAAGGAAGCCAAGAAGCUGGAGGACUUUGUGUGUAAUGACUGUAAGCGUGGCCAGGAGGGAGGCAGCCACGAGGAACUCUACUGCAUCUGCCGGACUCCAUAUGACGAAUCACAGUUUUACAUAGGUUGCGACCGCUGCCAGAACUGGUACCACGGGCGCUGCGUGGGCAUCCUACAGAGCGAGGCCACGCACAUCGACGUGUACGUGUGUCCGCAGUGUCAGUCGACGGAAGACGCCAUGACCGUCCUCACACCUCUCACUGACAAGGACUAUGAGGGGUUGAAAAGAAUAUUACGCUCGUUACAGUCUCAUAAAAUGGCGUGGCCUUUCCUUGAACCAGUGGAUCCGCAUGACGCACCUGAUUAUUAUCGUGUGAUCAAGGAGCCAAUGGACUUUUCCACGAUGGAGACCCGUCUGCAGAGGCGACAUUACCACAAGCUCACCGAGUUUGUGGCCGACGUGACCAAAAUCUUUGACAACUGCCGCUAUUACAACCCCAAUGACACGCCGUUCUUUCAGUGUGCCGAGGUGCUGGAAGCCUUCUUUGUACAGAAGCUCAAAGGUUUCAAAGCGAGCAGGUCUCAUAACAACAAGCUACAGUCUUCGUCAGCCUCUUAGAAAGCGGCGCACAUUGCUCAAAACAAAAUGCACUUACCAAGAAUAUGGCUUUUUCUGAACUGUAACUCUGUGACGGACUCUGCCUCACUCUCUCCGUGUGUGUGUGUGUGGGAUCUGCUCCUCUGGCUACUUUCAUGGCACCGUUUCAGACGGGGCCGCCCUCUGCCCAUUUCAGAUCUAAGGGACCUUUUUUUUGGACCUUGUUGUCAGUGGGACUGCGCUGUGAAGCGUGAACAAUUGAGGCAUUUCAGAAGAAAGUUUACCUCGGAGAAAAGACUCUUAAAGGAGCUCUCAUGUUUCCAUUGUACUUUAUUUUUUGAUCUCAAUCUCUAUAUUUUAUUAUUAUUAUUAUUUUCAUUCUCGUUGAUCUCUCAGGCCAUCCUUGUGGUCAUCAUGUCCAAGAAAUGGGUAACUGAAUACUGACUGUACAAUGUUUCGCUGAGCAUCAUGCAUCAAGAGUUUUGUGUCUAAAUUCACAGUGGAACAUCAUCUCUUCUCCCAUUUCCACUCGUCGCGUAGUCUGAAGGGGCAUGAAAGGCCGUCGUACUACAGUAGUCUGCUUGGUUAAAUUUCUAUAACCUACUGAAAGUAUGGUAAUAAGCUAUUGUAAAUGAAACGCUCCGCAGUAGUGAUUGACUGACUGAGAAGGAUGAGAUUGUGUAUUUGAAGGUUCCUGCCCUGUUUGUAAAAAAAAACAAAACAAUUUGUCAGAUUUUGACCUUGAUUUUCUUUUCUCUUUUUGUAUUACAGCGGAAGAAAUAUUGAUGUAUAUGGAACUUAAUAAAAAUGUAAAUACUGA